AUGGAACUCCAAGACACGUUUUACAGUAAAUCCGAAUACGUAGAAACGACGACUGGUAAUAAAGUGAGUCGACAAGCUCAAAUUUAUGGCUCACAAAAUAUUAUACUGAACGGCAAAGUCAUACUGCAGUCGGGUGUGAUGAUACGAGGUGACCUGGCUAGCGUUAAAAUGGGCCGCUACUGUUUUGUCGGCAAAGGUUCAGUUGUGAGGCCACCGUGCAAAAAAUUCAGUGGAGGAUUUACAUAUUUUGCUCUUCAAAUUGGAGAUCACGUACAUAUUGGUGAACAAAGUGUUAUUCAAGCAGCCAUCAUUGGAUCUUAUGUACAUAUUGGAAAAAAUGUUGUUAUUGGUAAAAGAUGUAUACUCAAAGACUGCUGUAUGAUUGGAGACAACACAGUUCUUGCACCUGAUACUGUAGUUCCUUCAUUUACCCAUUAUUCUGGUUCUCCGGGCAUGCAAAUCGGUCAAUUACCAGUUUGUACUCAAGAUCUAUCAACUGAUUAUACCAAAUCAUUUUAUGAUCACUUUGUUCCGUCUAUUGAUAAUUUAUAG